UUCGCCUUCUCCACAAACAUCAAUGCCUCCAGCAACAACAACAGCACAGACUUCAACAAAACCAAAAUCACCAGAAUUUGGAAAUAUUCGUUAUCCCCUUCCAGAAUGUUAUACUAAUGAUGAUAAAAUGAUGUGUUGUAAUUCUAAGCUUGAAGACACGAUGAGAGAUGCUUAUAAAGGAUUGCUUCAAGAAAAGGGAGAGGAUAUAUUUCUUAGAAGUAAUCUUCAAAAAAUAACAAAUAGAGUUCAAGCUUUGACUGAAGCAAAAUUUAAUACAACAUUUGAAGUAAUUACUGCUAUUAGCGAUUUUGCUAGUAAAAGUCAUUUUUGGAGUAACCAAAUUUGUAAAAUACACAGAGAUGGACGAUAUAUUUUGGUUUAUGCAACUCCAAAACAUGGAAGGGUACAUUAUAAAAUUGGUGGAGAAGAGGAAAAAGAAGAUGUUUGUUUAAAAAAAGAAGCUAAAGAAGAAGGAUAUAAUAAUUUAGUAGAGCCUUCUCCUCCUCCUUAUUCUACUCCUUCAAUUUCUCCAGUAAGUUAUGAAAUACAUUCGGUAAAUGAAGAUAUUUAUGGAGGGGGGAAAGAAAUAUUAAAUAAUUUUUCUACAACUUUUGGAUAUAAUAUUGAAAGAACAUCAACAGAAGGUUAUUCACCUUCAAUUUCUCCUUUAAAUUUUAAAACUACAAAAACAAUAAAAAAAGAGGAAGAAAAAGAAUUAAUUACUACAACUACUUCCUCCUCAUAUAAAAUAAAAAAUCAAAAAAUUAAAGAAUUUGUAGUUAAACCAGUUAAACACAGUAAUACACUUACAAAAUCUGUUAGUGAAGAAGCUGAAUCUGAGGAAAGUAAAGAAGAGGAAAAAGAAGAAGGAGGAAGUAAAGAAGAAAAAGAAGAAUCAUCAGAACAAAAAAAUAGUUUAAGUGAAGAAGGAAAUAUAGAUGAAGAUCAUGAAGCAGAAAUUCAAGGAAAUAAGAAAAACAAUGGAAAUAGUGGAAAGAGUAGUGCUUCAAAUAUGACAAGUGUUUUUAGAAAAAGGCAACAUUAA